GGAAAACACGACCAGUCAAUUCCUCUUUUCGUUUCCUACCAAAUUUUGAACUUUGAAGCACAGAGAUGGCAGCAGCACAGGAAAGCAGUAAAUUCUGUGAAGCAUUUCCAAUGAAAAGUGGGGAUGGGCCCAAGAGCUAUGCCAAGAACUCCACAUUCCAGAGAGAAGCUGUGGAUGUUGCCAAGCAACUUAUAGUCAAGGAAAUUGCAGAAAAGCUUGACAUAGACAUAUUGUUAUCUUCCAAGUCCAACACCUUCCACAUUGCAGAUUUGGGUUGCUCUACGGGGCCUAAUACAUUUUCUGCGGUUGAAGGCAUACUCGAGGCGGUGCAGCUAAAAUAUCAGUCCCAAAUGAUGAAUUCCCAAGUCCCUGAAUUUCAAGUUUUCUUCAAUGAUCAUACCACAAAUGAUUUUAACAUGCUCUUCAAAUCCCUCCCUCCGAACAGGCCAUACUAUGCCGUGGGUGUGCGAGGUUCUUUCUAUGGUCGGAUAUUUCCUAAUGCUUCCAUUCACUUUGUUCACUCUUCUUUUUCCCUUCAUUGGCUUUCUAGAGUACCAAAACAAGUAGUGGACAGAAACAGUCCAGCUUGGAACAAAGGACGAAUCCAGUACUCAAAUUCCACAGAUGAAGUAGUGAGGGCUUAUGAAGCUCAAUUUGCCGAGGACAUGGGGUGUUUCCUGCAUGCCAGGGCACAAGAGAUUGUGCAUGGAGGAUUGAUGGUAAUUAUCACUCCAGGCCGCCCCAAUGGUUCUUCUCAUUCUGAUUCUGUGGCAAAUGCGACCUUACUACUUGUAGGAUCUUGCCUAAUGGACAUGGCUAAAGAGGGUGCUCUUCUCGAAGAGAAAGUAGAUUCUUUCAAUCUGCCUAUGUAUUACAUGUCUCCCCAAGAACUGGAGGCUGCCGUUGAACAAAAUGGAUUUUUUAGCAUAGAGAGACUGGAAUACUUACCUCGGGUGCCGGUGGAUGACACUGUCUCGGAACAAUUGGCAUCUCAUCUGAGAGCUGCCUUGGAGGGGCUCAUCAAGCAGCAAUUUGGAGAAGAAAUCUUAGAUGAGCUCUUUGACCGGUACCGUAAGAAAGUUGAAGAGCAACUCUCUAUCCUUGAGAUUGAGUCAGGGAAGCCAACUCAUUUUCUGGCGGCACUUAAACGCAAGGCAAAUUGAUUAAACAUGCGGUGUUUUGGUAUUUGUGAACAUCUAUAGCUGGAUUUCCUUUAGCUCAUAGUUCUUUUUGGGGGGUUUUAUUAUGACUAGAGGACAUCUUGGACAUCUUUGUGAUUGCUGAUUUGAUUUGCAAAAAAUAAACAUCUUCAUCAGUUUGGAGAAA